AUUCCAAUUGGGAAAAACUAUUUAAGCAUUCGCAAGAAAUUCUUCGCCGCGUUUGUGUUAACCUGAGUUCGAAGAUCGAAAACAUGGGCAAUUUCGACGGUGAUUCUGAAACGGUUUUCGAGCAAAGCUACGCGACGACAAACGGAAACGGAAAAGUGGCGAAUGGAAAUGGGGCGGCCAACUUCAGCCCCCCAGAAAAACAGGAACUUCUCAGCCAACGGAAGUUCUCGGCACCCGCAUACACUGAAAUUCGCACGCGGCGAUGCCAUGCAAAAACGCCCAGCGACGCCAAGAGUCCCAGCUUGAUUAACUACCAUCCGGAAAAUAAGUCGAUCUCCAAUGGUCAUGCAUCCGGUCUGCGGGAUCAGAAUCAGGAAUCCAAGCCCAAUCAGGCGGAGGGCAAACUGCCCCCAGAACUCGAGCACUUCCAAAAGACCUCCUUCGAGGAGGUGCCCCUGCACACGGCUUGCCUUACGUACCUGGGAUUCUAUCUACUGAUGAUCCUUGGCUACAUCAACCAGCUACUCUUCGUGCCCAAAGUGGCCACAGAAAAGGGUCGCGAGGGUUAUGUGGCAUUGUAUGAUGCCUUCGAGAGCUUUUACUCGAGAUACGUUUACCGGAGGAUCAAGGAUUGCUGGAACAGACCCAUCUGUAGUGUCCCGGGAGAGGAACUAACUCUGAAAGAUCGAGUGACCGAUGAUUAUGGCUGGAGCUUUAAGUUUACUGGAACAGAGACACGCUGUUUGAAUCUGGGAUCGUAUAACUACUUGGGAUUUGCCGCCGCCACUGGACGAUGUGCUGAUGAUUCAGAGGAAAGUGCUAGGGAAUCAGGCUUGGCCUACUGCAGCUCCCGCUGUGAGCUGGGUGACAACGAGCAGCUCCGAGAACUGGAGGCCCAAACUGCAAGAUAUUUUGGUGUGGAGGAUGCUAUUGUCUUUGGUAUGGGUUUCGCUACGAAUGCUUUGAACCUUCCCUCUCUGCUGGGACCCAAUAGCCUGGUUAUCAGUGAUGAGAAGAACCAUGCCUCCAUCAUCCUGGGAUUGCGCUUGUCGGGAGCCACCACUAAGGUGUUCAAGCAUAACAACAUGCGAGACUUGGAGCGGGUUCUACGUCAAGGAGUUUGCUAUGGAAAUCCUAAGAAGGGUGGCCAGCCUUGGGACAAGGUCAUGAUCUUAGUCGAGGGCAUUUUCAGCAUGGAAGGUUCAAUUGUCCGUUUGCCGGAAGUUAUUGCUUUGAAGAAGAAAUACAAGGCAUACUUGUAUCUCGACGAAGCUCACAGUGUUGGAGCCAUGGGCUCUCGCGGUCGAGGUGUUACAGAUUACUUUAAUGUGGAUCCCAAAGAGGUAGACAUCCUGAUGGGUACCUUCACCAAGAGUUUCGGCAGUGCUGGUGGUUAUCUCGCUGGAUCAAAGAAACUGAUCGACUUUCUACGCACUAACAGCCACGCCCACUGUUAUGCUGCUUCAAUCUCGCCGCCUAUUGCCCAGCAGAUCCUGACCUCCAUGAAGACCAUUAUGGGUGAAGAUGGCACUGAAAUUGGCCGUAAGAAGAUCCAUCAGUUAGCCAGGAACACGCGUUACUUCCGUCGCCGUCUGGCUCAGCUGGGAGUAAUCACAUACGGUCACGAGGACUCUCCUGUGGUGCCCAUGCUGGUCUACCUGUUUUCAAAAAUUGGCGCUGUGGUUCGCACCUUGACGACCCGACAUAUUGCCGCGGUGGGUGCUGGAUUCCCGGCCACGCCUAUUAUGGAAGGACGCAUCCGCUUCUGCCUCUCGGCCGCCCAUACAAAGGAGCAGCUGGACUUUGCCUUAGAGGCGAUAGACGAGAUCGCCGAUGAUCUCGGCCUAAAGUAUUCACGAAAGCCCCGCGAUCCUAAUCCCGUCGUGUAUUAGAAGACCGCGAGAAGCACUUAGGAGUUAA